UUCAAAUAUAUAUUCUGCCGAAAGUAAAUCAGUUCUAGCAGUGGCUUCUAUGGUUUUUUUCUUUUUGGCAUUGUAAUUUGAUUUUUGUAUUCCGUCGACGAACUUCCUUAGUUUCACUCUCAACUGACUUUUGACUUUCCGAUACUAAUUUCAAGUAAGCAAAUUUCGUUAUUGUAUUUCAAUAUUCAUUGAAAAUUGAAAAGUGAUAACUUCUGAGAAAUAGCUUUUUACAAAUAACUAAUACAUCUUAAUGUUGAAAAAAAAACGAUUGGCGACCUAUUUGAAGCUUUACUGAUUUUUUGAUUCGACUUUCUCAAAGUCGUCGAAGCAUCCUAACAUGUCAUCCGAGCAAUUAAACGAUUCCCAUGCUGAUCAGGAACAAGUAAAUUCAUCCGAGGAAUUAGAGAACGUAAUCUAUGAUAGUGACUGCACUGACUCUUCCGAUUUGGAGAACCAACGUAAUAACGAAUUGCUCAAUCGCUUACGCGCCGCAGUGAAAAGCCACGAUGUGUCGCUGGUGCUUGAAAUUUUGCAAGAGAAGCCAAAUUUACAAACAAACAAAGGCGGCUACAUACUGUGGGAUGCCAUAUUGGAAGAUAACAUGGAGAUAGCUUCAAUACUAAUCCGCUCGGGAGCCAAUGUGAACGUAAAAAAACCAAACGACACCUUCGAGUCAAGUUUAUUAUACGAACUUGGAUCCAGCAAAAAUCUAAAACAUCACGAAGUUGCACUGUUGACGAUGGAAUAUGGGGGAGAGGCCACUGUAUUCGAGAUGGAAUACAUAUUUUGUCGCGCCAUCGACACUGGAUCUCUAAGCAUCGUCGAAGCUUUACUCAAAAAAGGCACCGAAGUUAGAAAUUCCGUUAUACACCAGAUGGUCAGAAGCCCACAUAUUGUGCAACUGGUUGGUUUGAUUAUUGAUCAAGAUACGAUUCCUGUUGAGACGAAGUAUGUGCGGGCGGUUAAUACUUUCUAUCAGCUCUACCUUCUCCCUGGUGAUGAACAUCAAAUUUUACCAGCUAUCGAUGCUAUGUGUUCGCGACUGGAUGUUGAUGUGAUCAACACGUAUGGCGAUGUGCUGAUUUGCGCUAUUCGCUGCAGAAAAAGUAAAACGGUACAGGUAUUGAUCGAAUAUGGAAUCAAUGUGAAUAAAUCAUCAAGGGAUGGAGUUUUACCGCUGUACUUGUCAGCCAGUACGAAUCAACCCGAAGUUGUUAAGUUGCUUAUCUUUGCUGGUGCCAAAAUUAACGCUCACUGUGGAAGCGAGUCGAGAUCUCAAAUUUCACAUUAUGGUCAGUGUGCCUUGCAUGCCGCCUGCAGAGGAGUGCCAAAACUAAAAGUCUUAAACAUUCUGCUAUACCAUGAAGCUGAUGUGAAAGUUCUCGAUCUACUUCAUCGAACGCCGUUCUCUUACGCGAAAUUUUUGAAAUCUCUAACCGAUAUUCAUCGAAUGAUGAUCAAACGUUUUGCGAUUUUGGAGAGCAAGGGUGUCGAUAUUCAUCCAUCCGAUAAGAAAAUUAUCGAGGAAAACCCCCUAAUGAAAAAGUUCUGCGACGAGUGCAUGAGCGAACUGACUUCGAUGAAAUCUAUCAAUAUUUCAGAGUGUACGACGUUAUUUUCCAUUCUGAUUCAGAAUGUAGAGAAACUAUCGUUUUUCAUGCGAAGUCGACGGUUUCGAGACAAAUGUGGCGAAAAUCAGCUGGAAAAGUUAUUUCCACAUUAUGUCGAAGAUGUGAAGCUUAAAUUGAAGAAUGCCGAGAAACGAAAAAACGCCAUGGCCGUCAGAGAAGGCCAACUGCGCGAGAUCUUCAACUACGUACUGCCAUACCCGGUUUUAGAAAAUAUUCUUUUUCAUUGCUAUCAAAACACAGUCAAUUUUAAAUGAAAUAAUGUAACUUUCUGCGUGCACAUUGUGAUUCGUAUAUUAAUAUCACUGAAAUAUUGUAUACGUCAAAUCAUACAAACAACGCUAAGUAAAUAACCACUUUAUUAACUUUAUUAACUUAUACUGACUGUCGAUUAAUAAGUUUUUAUUGUAUUUUGACAUAAGCUAACGAAUGCUGAAAAAAGAUUGCUAUAUGAAAUUGCUAAAAUGAAAUUUAUUUGUUAUCUGUAGUCUUCAAUAUGAUUUUGAUAUAAUUUGUAGCGUAAUGCUUGAAAUUGGCACUAGGUUAAAUGUUAUCAAUAUCAGAUAAGUCAAGCUGUCUCCUAUAGCUAAAACUAUGGAGCUGUUACUAUUAGUAGUAACUUGCUUAACUUGCCAAAUAUUUGUGUAUUCAUAAAAAAAUACAUUUGCAUUUCCACAACUCUUGAA